AUGAUUGAUAAUGUAAUACUUCUUAUAACAGGCACUUUGCAUGAACGUGAUACUCAUGAAUUGCUUGAGCGAUGUCAUCCACUUGGGGUGUUUGAUUCUAUGCCGGCAUUGUGUGUUGCAACUAACGUAGCAGAAUUGUACGAUACUGUGUUAGUGGAAACUCCACUUGCUCCAUAUUUCAAGAAUUGUCUUUCGGCAAAUGAUCUGGAUGAAUUAAACAUUGAGAUUAUUCGUAAUACGCUUUAUAAGGCGUAUCUUGAAGAUUUUUAUAGAUAUUGCAAAAGAAUUGGUGGAGCAACGGGACAAAUGAUGAGUGAAAUUUUAGAGUUUGAAGCUGACCGUCGUACCAUUAAUAUUACGAUUAACUCUUUUGGCACAGAAUUAUCAAGGGAUGAUCGUGCAAAAUUGUUUCCUAGUCUAGGAAGAUUGUAUCCUGACGGACAUGCCAAGCUUGCAAGGGCGGAUGAACUUGAACAUGUUAAGAAUGUCGUUGAGGUUUGGGUGGAAUACCGUCCCUUUUUUGAUAAUAGUCUGACAUCUUUUGGUGGUGCUGCUACAAGCGAAGCAAAGACUCUUGAUGACAGAUUCUUUGAGCAUGAAGUUCAUUUGAACAAGCUUACAUUCCAACAACAUUUUCAUUAUGCAAUAUUUUAUGCAUUUUUGAAACUUAAAGAACAAGAAAUUAGGAACAUUGUAUGGAUUGCUGAAUGUAUUGGUCAAGGACAAAAAGAGAGGAUUAGUAAUUAUAUACCUAUAUUUUAA